AUGAAACAAGUGGACAGAGCGAACCGGGCGCAGGAUCAGGCAAUCAAGCAGCGCGUUUCGAACUUCGAAGCGGAAGUGCGAGAGAAGAUAGCAGUUUUUUCGACGAACCCCGAAGCCAUCUCUCACACCUUCCCCCACGUCGAGAAGAGCCUUCGGUCGAUACAGCACAGUCUCGCAGAAGACUUUGAUGGCAUCACCACAAGAACAGAGGGAGAGUUGGACGAUAGACGUGUGGUUUUGUACAAGCUGGGCUACGAGCCGCCAGAGGAGGAGGUCCAGGUGGACGCGCAGGUCCACAUUGGUCUCGCUAGAAAUACCUUGUCUUCGGCCUCUUCGGUGAGCGCAGCGCCAAUGCCCGCGCUCGGCGGUAGCGCCGGCGCCGGCGCCAACGCGGGCGGAGGCGGCGACGUCGGCAGCGCCGACUUGGUGCGGAUCGGCACCGUCGUGAAGGACCGGCGGACGGUUCAGGACAUCGAGGAAGAAUCGAGAAAACGGCGCCGUCACUGUUGA